UACCUAAUAGAAGCUACGGUUCUAAAUGUUAUUCCUUGUAGGAACGCUGUUCCGCCGGCGCUAAUUGAACGGUGCACUGCGGCAGUCAAUAUGUGAUAAUAAAUGUUAUUUUUGACGAAUAUCAAUCAAAGAGAGAAAUAUUAAAAUAUCGAAAAAUCGAGGAAUGAAAUUCAAUUUCAAUCGUCGAACGAGUGUUGUCGAUUUACAUGUAGCUCCAACUUUCCAAGUAGUUGCCAAGUGCAUCAUUUUAUUUGUAGUACAUCAAACUCGAGUCGUUUAUUGGAAUACAGUUUCACUUGAAAAGGUAAUUUUAGUCGCAUGUUUACUUUUACUGAUAUAACCGGCGGAUUGCGGAACUCGGGAGUAAAAUACUUGUAUACCCAGAGUUCAAUAAUAAUAAAGAGGAUUAAUAAUUUUCUAAACAAUGGAUAGCUCUCCGCUGCAAAAAGUAGAGCUGCAAACGGAUGUUUAUAUGGUAUGCCUGCAGCAUGCCUUAUCAACAGAAAAUUUUGAAGUAAUGGGUUUACUCAUUGGCAAUUUUGCGUGUGGAGUAGCAAAAAUAUCAGCGGUUAUCAUUUUGCGACGUUUAGAUAAAAAGAAAGAUAGGGUAGAAAUAUCGUCUGAGCAAUUACUAAAAGCUGCUACUGAAGCAGAACGACUAACGGUAGAAUUAAAUCGACCUAUGCGCGUCCUUGGAUGGUAUCAUUCACAUCCACAUAUUACAGUUUGUCCAUCACACGUCGAUGUUAGAACUCAAGCUACUUAUCAAACAAUGGAUCAUAGUUUUGUAGGCUUGAUAUUUUCAGUAUUUUCUGAAGGCAAAGAAUCAAAAGAACACGAAAUCUUUUUAAAUUGUUUCCAAUCGGAUAAUGGUGAAGCUACAGAGAUACCAUUGGAAAUAGUACAUACUCCGGAUAUUUCAGAUAGAUGUUUAAGAACAAUGACAGAUCUGUCGAAAAUUUUGGUACAAGAGGAAGAGGAUAUGGCCGAAGCUUGUAAAGAUCAUCCAGAUAUCCUUGCGAGUAUUCACAAUAACGCUGUUAGGACACGUGCGUUAGUCCAUAUAACGGACAUUAUUACAAAGCCUUUGAUACAAACGUUUGAAAAAAAGAUAGCAUUGAAUAAAUUGCGCGCUAUGCAUCUCCAGAGACAACUCCAAGAGUUACAAAGAAUGUCUAAUGGAUGAAAACUUUUUGGAGGUCAUUGUUUCAAUCGUGAUAUAAAUAGUGAUCACGAAUAAUUUAUGACUAUGAACAAUUUGUGUUUUUAAUAAAACUGUUAAAUAAUAUAAAUAAAACAUCAAAGAUGAAAAGUUUACC